AUGGUGGAGAGUGAGGAUGGAAACUCCAUAACCACGUCCAGUGCAGCCACAACAGAGCCGGACUUGAUUCUUACCGUCAAACUGGAGCCUGCUGCUGAUGGUAUUACUUUUAUCUAUUGCAGCUUCACUCUUGCGAUGCUGACAUCACUUUUUUGUUCUGGUUGACAUUAAAAAGCUAUGUCUAUCCUGUAUAUUGCAUCCACACUUUAUGUUUUCUUCUGUUUUUUAGAAGCCACCAUCGAAUAUUUCGAUGGGGAAGGACGUCAGGAAAGUUCAGGUGUACUUAGACCAGAACCGUGGACUCCCAAGACAGAAGAGCCCGAAACUCCAGUUCUGGCCGCGUCAAAGACCAAGUCCAUCCCAGCAUCAAGGCAGUCCUCUAGUAAGCACCGAAUCUCACUGCCUUUGUAUGCUUUACCGUGACCAUUUGGAACCAAAUAUUGGGGUCUUGUUACGCGCGGAGCAUUUCCCCUCCCAUCGAAUAAGUACUUCUUCCAAAGACAAUAGCCCACAUCAUGACUUUGUUGGGGAAGUACUUCUUUAGAAAUCAUCUAUCAUUUAUUUUUGACAUCCAUACAGGUUUGGCAUAGGGCAGUUCUCUAAACGCAUGGACCUCAGAAUACUAACUGACCGCACUGUAUGAAACCUAAGAACUUUGAGCCAGAAACUUCUUACUGCGGUUUAUUCUCAAACCGCCGACUUCCCAAAUUCGCGCCAAUCAGUUGCGUUGCUCGAUCGGUUUUUUCUUGAUUCAUAAGACCGACCCACCUUUUACUGACAUGCGUGAAAACUCUUUAGUUCAUAAUGUUUGCAGUCAUAUAGCCAUAGCGUUUGUCUGUCUGCUCGUAAGAGCUUCUCUACUCAACCUUAGAAAAAUAUUUGCCAUGCAACGGUAGAAUCUCCUAACUGCUCAAAAAGAGCAGCCAUCGCCUAUUGGCUGAAGUUCACGGGCCUGUUUGUAACAGCUGGGUUGCGAGAAAGGAUGCUGAAGACUCGGGAGUCACUGACUCGAACUCGUCUUGCAGCAAACCUUUUUUAUUAGUUGAGUUCCGCCAGUUCUUAUUAUCAGGACAUGACACGUAUUUCGACUGUUAAAUUUCUAAACUGUCCAGAGUACCUGAUAUAAAGCCACGCCUCUCUCGGCAGACGCUCUAGCACACCUCCGGCUAAAAAUAUGGCCGAUGGCCGAAUUUCAAACAGAAAUUCAUCCAACAACACACCGGAGAGUAUACUAACGCUACACUAGUAUUCCACAAUUGUGACUACUCCCAGUUUACUUAAUGAAAUAAAAUACUUUGAAAAUGCCGAAACUUAUUUGGAAUUUUCGGGCUGUUUUGGGGAGGUGGAGGGAGACGGGGGCUCUGAUCGGCAUUCCCGCCCCGCGAACACGAGGGUAGAGAAGGGUGUUUAUGAUUGGUGCCUGCUAGGGGUAGAAAGACUGAUAGAGGGGCCCUGGAAACAGCAGAUGUUAUUGUCGCAGCAGUGUUAUUGUCGCGAGACAGUAGAUUGCAAUGGGAGCAACCAGUAAUAUGUGUUCAUAGGCCAUCUUAAGACAGUUUUUCUCAAAUGGUUGUGGAUUGCGACAUUCAACUAGGCAACCUUCUAUCGCGACACAUUAGUCAAAGUUACGAAGGUAAAAGCCUCAUCGCCAAAAGUCUCCGUCUCUCAAAUUUGAUGACGGUCAUCGACGCAGGUGGCUGCAACCAUACACGCAAUAACCGGCUAGCGAAUAGCAGGCGCUCACGCACAAGUCCUGAGAGCAAUGUUGGUGCAUUUACUACCACUAAUGAUCUGUCAUCAUGAAGAGUUCUAUGAAGUAGUCAAAUCGUGAAUUCGUUUGGGAUACACAGUUUACCAUACACUGCUAAAUCCAAUCAAGAUCGAUUUGAUGAUUAAUACUGUUCCAUCGAUAAACUGUCGGGUUUUCAAUGAAAGUAUCCCUGUAUGUUUAUUGGCGUCCCAAUCGAAACACUGGCCGCUUCCAAGCGAGCUCAUAGAACUGAAGGUCGGGAGGUUAUAUUGGUUUACAGCCGUUUAUUUUCGUUAAGGUGAGCUUCUUUACCAUGGGAUCUUUGACUCGUUAAAGUAUUUCCCACAGCUAUGACGUUGACCUGUGUACACCGUAACUACCAUUGCGCCGUCUUUCUUAGUGGACAUGUUUCACAGGACUGCAUUCAUCGAACAACUCGCAUCCAGGACCCUUAGUGGAAGUGCUACUUUUUCGACUGCUGCGUUUCGCAUUUUCGUUACUAUUGCUGGAAUGGGGCCAUUCGUUAUUGCGACUGCCAUCAUUAGUUAGGGGCCUGACAGCCAGAUGCCGUUCGAUUUAAUUCCACAUCAUCUGGCCAAAUGCCAUUGCUGGGUGGAAUUAAGAGAUCGAACAAUUUAUUUCCAGGGAAUAGCAGUGCUCCUUCUCCAAUCUUCUCGGCUCGAAGCCGUGGUUAGCGCUGUCUGCAACAGCAGAAACAGCUUGCUAAGGCUGCUUCAAACAAAAAAUAUGUUUAGUGCCAUAUAAAUAGCGUGAGAGGCGGAUGCAGUAACCUAGAGUGGCGGCCGGUUAUGUAAAGCGUAGAUGAGCGACAAGGCAAGCCAUUUGACAUAUCGCCUGACUGUCUGGACUGAUCUCAUCCUCAAACCGGCUUCAUCAAGCAAUAGCCUCUGACGUCCCUCUAAUUGUCUUCAUUUGAAUUCGUGAAGUAUAUGACGGCCGACUUCGACAUUGCUAGUAUUACUCACACUGGCUCGUGGACGUUUCCUAGCAUAUGUGCUGCGCUCGCGGGCGACUACUUAGCCAUCUUUAGUGUCCAAGUGUACCUUUCACACGGCGUAUGCACUGGGGCUGUCUUUGUCUCUGAAAGUCUUAACUCUUUCACACUGUUAGAGCUCUGCAUGCCCAAAAUCCGCCCUCACUUGAUCCAUAACCACUGUACCUUGCGGCUUUUUAUUUUCACUCCAGAAGCCCGACUUUACCAAUGCGAUCAAUGUCGGCGACGUUUUUCCACCUACUUCAGUCUUCAGGUACACUUCGACUUCCAGCAUAUGGGUGAGUUUUCACAUCCGCUGAGGGGUUAAGGGUUUUUUUAAAUGACCACUCCCCCGCCCCCCCUACGUAUUCUAGCAUUGAUUCGAUGCCGUUCCUGACUGUUUAAAAAUGUUAGUAAAUACCCGGGUUUACUACCUUUUUUUCGUAGUUCAUUUGAAAAUGGCACCCCAUGACUACAAGGUAUUGUGAGACACCAUAACCUACAUUGCAUCUGGAGAGUUUACAUGCUCCUACCAGCAGCUGAGUCUCACUGCAAACAAGACGGAGUGCGUCCGCACCCUGUGUCCAUCGCCUACAUGUGCAUCCGCUAACUAGUGCCUGGCGAAUAGUCAACUUUUGCAGACUAAACUAGUCAGCUUGCCGCUUUUCCAAGACGGGUUGAAAAAAACAGCUACUGUUGUGGCUUGCCAUUAGGGAAACCUCAUCUGUACUGAUUCAACAUACUCCCAGAGCUUGUUCCUCGCCCACAUUCCAGUUAAAUUGAUUCCAGUUUAUACUUUGCAGGUUUCACUGCAAUGCAUACAUGGUUGUACCACGAAGUCUUAGAAAGCUUUCUGACCGUAUUCUGUGCGUCCGAUGUGGGGAAGUGUUCUCCUGCUCAUUCCUUAUUUUUAUGUAUUUUAAUUUGAUUGACACCGUUACAGACUGCAUCUUCUGUCUCUGUAGGUGUACGCAAAUGUCGGCGGUGCAACACCAGAUUCCCUACUCCUUCAAGCUUAGAAGCCCACUUGGAAACCGCUCAUCAGGGUACCACUUUUCCCGACGUUCUUUUUAGGCAUAUGUGUCUUGAGAUGCUAGGUAUUAUUAUUUUAUUCAUUUUACAAAAUAUUACUUCAGAAGACACCCGAGUUUAUUCCACGUAACUCUCAGCUCGAAAGCAUCGGCUCCGUUCAAUACUAGAGAAUAGCCAUAGUCUGCAUUUUCUAGUAUCCACAACGGUUGUUUCCCAUCCAAUGAGGAUUUCGUUUUUUUUGUUUAGAGGGCAGCACUUUUACGUGCAAAGGCUGCAUGAUAAAUUGUUCCUCCGCAGUCGAGUUGGAGCGCCACAAGAGGCGUUGUGGCAAGGGUAUUUCGAAUUGUUCAUAUUUUCUACACUGCUUCUAAUCUGGAAAGAUUGUAUGUAUUUUCUUUUUUUGCCCAUCCUCCAUUUGUUGGCCGGGGGGCUAAUUUGGGUUACCCCUUUGAGGCUGGUAAGUUCCGGCUCAUAUACUCAUAUCAACUUUCGGAUGAGCUCUAAAAAGCCUCAUUUUGAGUGGCUUACUCCAAGUAAACUUGUUAAUUUCUAAGAAAACUAAGAAGGCGAGAUCUGGAAACCGGAGCAUAUAGCACAAAGCGCACGGAGAAUGCUGGGAGACCUGUCGAUGAGUCAAACCCCUCGCAGCUGCGUCGUGAAGUGGUAGAAUAUAGGCGAAACAAGCGCCUGGGCU